AUGGACGUCACUGAAGCCGACAUCGCGGAUGACGUGCCCAGCAGCAGCCGGCAGCUCAGCAGCUGGUUGAGGCGCACGAGGCAGAACAAGAUCCGCAAGGUGGUGCGGGAGAUCUACUUGCGUGAUGACAUCACACCAGAAUCCUUUGAUGGAGCGGACCAAGUGUUGGUCUUGGACGCUGGGCGUGUGAACCACGUCGUCGUGCCCUACACGGUUCUGCAAGAAGUGCGGCACCGCAACAUGGGCAUCUACUCACGCCUGCGCGCUUUGUGCCGUGUGGAGACAGGCGACGCCAAAGAGGACGAGGUCGCCGAGGCGGAGCUCAACGAAGAGCCCGCGCCGCCCUCGUCCACGGCCAAGCGUGGUGUGGGAGAUCGGGAGAGAGCGAAGGAGCGACGGUUGGGAGAUGAGAGACUGGAGGAGGCCAUCGCCUCGGCACGGAACGCCCGGAAGUUCUACGUGUUUCCCAACGAGUUCUUCCGGGAGACCUAUGUGGAGCGGUUACCUCAGGAAUCCCAGAACGACCGCAACGACCGGGCCAUCCGCCGGGUGGCGCACUGGUACCGACGCCACAUCGUGGGGCCUGAGGUGUUGUUGCUCACGGACGACAAGGCCUGCAAGGCCAAGGCCGUGGACGACGGCCUCACGGCGCUGCGGGCCGCGGAGUUCAUCGAGCGCAUGCGGCCGAAGUUCCCAGAGGCCGGCGAAAAGUUGGCGCUGCGCGACGACGAGGACGCCGAAAAGCCAGCCACGGCGACGCCGCGGGGGGGUGCGCAGAAGCGAAAGAGCUUGAUUAACUCCACAGAUGGCUCGGUCUAUCCAGCGCAUCUGAAAGGAAGUGAGGUGGAGCAAGGCUUGAAGGAGCGGCGGCUCUUUCAAGGCCUCUUGCGGAUGCACAUGAACACCUGUAUGCAUGGCACGGUGACCUGCGCCGGCAGCGAAGAGAUUGAAGUCUCUGGGCGGCUGGCUGCUCGGCCUUGGGACGAACUGGCUCUGAACCGUGCCAUCGACGGCGACGUGGUGGUCGUCGAGAAACUGGAGGACGUGGAGGUGGACGUGCGGCGCCGAAGCGCGCUGGAACGGGCGGACAAGCGGCUGCGGCGCGAGGUGGCCGAUGGAGACUUUGGGGUCACGGAGAAGGCUCCGAGCACCACGGAGCCUUGGGAUGUGUUCGGAGCACGAGCCUUCGGUGAUACCAUCAAGGAGACCACGAUGGGUACGACCUCCAGCGACCGCCCCAAAGGGCGUGUGGUGGGAAUCCUCAAGCGAAACUGGCGCACCCCGGCGGCGAACCCGGGACCCGGUGCGACGGGCGACACCGGGCGAAACGGCUGUGCCCCGUUUGACGCCGCGCAAGAGAGCAAGUCGUAUUUGGUUUCAUUAGGCGAGUACUGCGGCACCUUGCGGCCGUUGCACGCGGAACGCCGCCGGGAAGCGGGCCCUGAGGUCUACAACAAAUCAGAUCGUGUCUUCAUCCCGACGGAUGCUCGGCUGCCCAAUAUCAUGAUCCAGACCCGGCACUCCGCCAACCUUGAGAACAAGCGGAUCGUGGUGAAUUUGGACGGCUGGGAUCGCUUUAGCCACUAUCCUUCAGGACAUUGGACGAAGAUUCUGGGAGACGUGGGCGAUCGUAAUGUCGAGAGCAUGGUCAUCCUCCAUGAGUGA